GCUGGCCUAGCAGCUAGGUCAUCAAAUCUCUAUCUUUCUACAUGUACAUGUACUUGGCUAGACUAAAGCUAGCUAGUUAGCUUCUAGACAAGUUCACUGAAUCAUCACUGCUGCACAUCCAGUAAUGGCAAAGGCAAGAUUGAGAACUACAUUUGCCAGGAUAAAUGUUCCCAAGCUAGCCUUCAGGGACCCUGGUGAUGCUAAAACAUUGCCAGCCAACAAAAGUGGGGCCAGAAACAAUGGAAUAGCUGAGACUACCUUGACCCGGACCCGUGCAAUCAAGUCACAAUCAUUCAAGACGGUUUUCCUGGGAGAUGCAAACGUCGGGAAGACGUGUCUGGCCAAACUGUUUGUAGAACGACAGGUAGUGGAGCAUAGCACCAACACCAUAGGUUUUGACCACCAUAACAAGGAGAUUGAGAUUGAGGGGGGAAUCAAAGUCAAGUUACAAGUGUGGGACACAGCUGGUAUGGAACAGUUCAGGAAUGCUCUGAUAACAAAGUACUAUCGAAACUCGGACGGUAUUGUUUUUGUAUUUGACCUGACAAAGCGAAGCUCAUUUGAAAGUCUUGACAGCUGGAUCAAAGAGGUCAGCCAGUACACGAGUGGACUAGAGUCACUCAAGAUGAUCCUCAUCGGCAACAAACAGGACAAGGGCUAUCAGAGACAGGUGUCAACUGAAGAAGCCCAAGCUUUUGCUGAUAGACACGAGAUGUUCUCUUACUACGAACUAUCUGCCAAGAAUAUUGAAACUCUACAAAUCCUGGACAACAUCUUUAUAACCCUGGCAGAGGCAAUGAUCGCUAAUCGUGAGAGGCUCGAACUCACCCAAUCUUCCACACAAAGAAGUGGCAUCAUCUCACUGUCGGAUGACUGGGAGGUUUUGGAGGUGCCAGAAGGUCCAGUUCCCGACUCUGUCUACUCCCCUCAAGAUGCUUCCAUUAGACUCAGAGCUAGGCAACAUCUACACUCUAAUAAGUGUGCCUGCUGAAUUCUUUGGCACGAAUUCUUGUUAUUUUGUUUGUUUUAUAUAGCAUUGUUUAUUCAUUUUAAUAUUUUAUACAAUUAUAUAUAUACCUCAUUUCUAUUUUGUGGUCUACGUUUCAACUUAUCAUUGUUAAAAUAUUUAUACGUACAGCACUGCUUAAUAAUGAAUUGAUUAUUGCACAUAAAAAUUAAUUGAAUUCA